GCGCAUUGACUGUUUAAAGCUUUUGUCCACGAUCAGUUAGAAAUUAAUUGCUAAAAGUAUUAAUGGCUGCUAAUGACAUUAAACAAACUUUGAGAAAAUUGGAAUUCCCAUUAUGUGCCAGAGAAGCACUCAGCAGAAUCGAAACACUAUGCAGCAGACCUGGCAAACAAGUAGAUCUGCAGAUGGAUCUGAUGUCAGAAUUUGUAUUUGGAGAGAUUGAAAGACGUAAAAAAAGAAAUAUUCCAGUGGCUAUACAAGAAUUACAGUUGGUUGAAGUCCUGAAUGACUUCUUCAAAAGUCCUGGAGGAACUCCAGCUGUUCGUAAUGCAGUAUUCUUGUCUCUCUUUCCAGCUGAAACACCCAGAUUUCAUAUUCUUGGAAACUCAGUCAGUUUAGCAAUAGCUACUCAUAACAAAGCUGUGCUAAAUGCAACAGGAAUUUGGUUGCAACAACUUGGUGCAACAUCUCCACAAAGUGUAGGAUUGGCGCGACACAUUCUCAAUGAUUAUUUUGUUUUGACUCCAAAAUCAAUAGACAGAUUGAAAACAUUACCUACGAUUGCACCAUAUUUUACUGCGAACUUGUUAACCUCCAUAGGUGAAGUUUAUAAGGACAAAAAUCCACCUACAGACCUUUUAAGAUUAGUAGGAGAUUGGAUAGAUGAGAAUCCAAGUCUACUCUGGUCAUCUCUAAUGGACAACCCUGCUUUGCCCAUUGGAGGAAUACCAAUGACUCCUAUAGCUCCGAUAGCAGGUCUUUUUAGGUGGUCCAUUUUAAGUUCACUGAGACCCGACUCUGAAUCACAGGAACGUCGAGAUGAGCUACAGAAAUGUUAUUCAAAAAUUCAACAGCUUCUCAUGGACUCUGUGCUACGCUUAAAGACCAGUGGGAGCAAUAAGCAUGCUAUAUCUGCACAACAUUUGGCUGCAACAACCAGAACAUUGACCACAAUGUUACAGACGUAUAGUGAUUCAAACACAGCUUUCCGUGAUCUUGCUAUGGAGAGAUUAGCACAAGCAGUGAGUGCAGCCAUGUCUGCAAAUUGUAUUUAUGGAAAUAAACAGGAACUAUUGGCACUUUUGCAACCCUUGUCUUAUCAGCACUUUUUAAUAGAAUGGACAUUACAGACGUAUACGUCAAAGGCUUCUUAGAAAGUAAGGAUUCGUUGAUAUCACAUUACCUCAUUUGUACAAAUACUGUUAAUAAACCUAACGCUCAUUUUA